AAGGUGAGUUUUUGGGAAGGGUAAUUUCGUCAUUUGGAUUUCAUGUUCAUCUUUUAGAAAAUCAAAAGCGAAAAAAUGUGAGCUUUGAGGAUGUAAAUUUCAAAUUUUUGCUGAGAAAGUUUUAGAAAAGAUAAAAUCUUUUUUUCUUUUUUCUUUUAAAUGAUUAAUCAGACAAUAAUUAAUUAGACAAUUAUUUACCUUCAAAAACAAAACAUCAUCAACAACAGCAACAACCCAAAGCUUUGAUUGAUUGAUGGUGGUUUUUUUUUCUCUCUAAAUCCAUUAUUAUUUUUUAUCUUUUAGAUUCUAAAAUAUAUACAAGAAAGGAUUAGCUCAGCAAUCUCUCUUUUUUGUUUUGGCAUAUCUUUCUUUUGGUGGAAAAUGGCGGUUGGGUUUUUAAGAUCAAACCCAGAUCUUGUUACCUUUUGAUCUAGCUGAAUGCUUUUGUUAAUUUGUGGGAGCUGAUGAGAAUUAGAGUCAAAGGAGGUACAAAACAGAUAUUUUCAACUUAUGAAGUUGGUUGAUGUUGCCGUUCAAGCAAACAAGGGUUCUUUGUUGGACAUAACUCAUGGUAGUGAGGAUCGAGUUGUUCAUUUAUCAGUGGUUUUCUGUUUAUGAGUCCAACAAUUUAUGGUGCCGAUGUUUUCCUUUGUGAGCCUUUUGAUGGUGCAUUUGCUUGGAAGGGUUUUCUUUUCUUAUCUAGUUGUUUAGUGCACGAGAAGAGAUUAAUUAGUUUUAUGUUAUGAUGAUCAAACAAAUAUUUAAUAGGCUUCCACGGAAACAAUCUAAGUCAAGUGACAAUCGUGAGGGAGGUGGAACCUCUGCCUCUUCUUCAAAUGCUUAUACCAGUUCAAGAAAUAAUGCAAAUUCUGGCGGUCCAGCCUCUUCUGGUGUUAGUUCUACACCAAAUUUAGGGCUGAAUCAAGGGAAUAAGGUUUCUCAAGUGGUGAAUACAAAGCUGAAUGGAGAUGUAUUGGCCUCUUCAUUUGAGACAUUGCCUAGUUUUAAAGAUAUUCCGAAUUCCGAGAAGCAGAACUUGUUUAUCCGAAAGCUGAACCUGUGUCGUGUCGUGUUUGACUUCAGUGACCCAACAAAAAACCUCAAAGAAAAGGAUAUCAAGCGACAAACUUUGCUAGAGCUUGUAGAUUAUGUUUCAUCUGCUAAUGGGAAAUUCCCAGAGAUUGUUAUGCAGGAAUUCGUGAAGAUGGUGUCUCUGAAUUUGUUUAGACCACUUACUUCACCUCCACGUGAGAACAAGGUUUUAGAAGCAUUUGAUGUGGAAGAUGAGGAGCCAUCGGUUGACCCUGCAUGGUCUCAUUUGCAAGUUGUCUAUGAGUUAUUCUUGAGGUUUGUGGUGUCACCCGAGACAGAUGCAAAACUGGCCAAGCGGUAUAUAGAUCACACUUUCAUUCUAAAGUUACUAGAUCUUCUUGAUUCCGAGGACCCCAGAGAAAGGGACUCUUUGAAAACUCUUCUGCACCGAAUUUAUGGGAAGUUCAUGGUCCAUCGUCCAUUCAUCCGGAAAGCAAUCAACAACAUCUUUUACCGUUUUAUUUUUGAAACCGGAAAACACAAUGGAAUAGCUGAGCUAUUAGAAAUACUGGGAAGUAUAAUCAAUGGGUUUGCUUUACCACUGAAGGAGGAACAUAAGCUCUUUCUUGUUCGUGUACUGAUACCACUUCACAAACCGAAGUGCAUACCUGCGUACCACCAGCAGUUAUCUUACUGCAUUACUCAAUUUGUCGAGAAAGACUGCAAGCUUACUGACACUGUUAUACGGGGCUUGCUGAAGUACUGGCCGGUUACCAAUAGCUCAAAAGAAGUCAUGUUCUUGGGUGAACUCGAGGAAGUUUUGGAAGCAACACAAUCUGUGGAGUUUCAUCGUUGCAUGGUACCCUUAUUCCGUCAGAUUGGCCGCUGCUUAAGUAGUUCGCAUUUUCAGGUGGCCGAGAGGGCAUUGUUCUUAUGGAACAAUCAUCAUAUCGAAACCCUAAUAAAGCAGAACCGUAAUGUUAUACUUCCAAUUAUCUUUCCUUCCUUGGAAAGGAAUGCAAGAAGCCACUGGAAUCCUGCAGUGCAGAGCUUGACACUAAACGUCCAAAAGAUUUUCUCUGACAAUGACCCCGAGCUCUUUGAGGAGUGCUUGCAUAUGUUUCAGGAAGAAGAAGCACGAGAAAAUGAGGCUAAAUCAAAACGGGAAGCCACAUGGAAACGGUUAGAAGAGAUUGCAGCAAUGAAAGCUGCCAGUAAUCAACCAGUGCUCAUUUCCCUGAAAGUAACUACUCGCAAGUGAUCCGGCUAGGACACGAGGUUACCAUUGUUGUUGGCAAUGGUACGUUUACGAGAUCGAUUUGCAAACCAUAAGGUUUGGUAUUAAAGCUGAGUUUUAUCAUUGUAUCCAGUUGGUUCACCUUCUGAAUAUUUGGUUUCCUAGAUUUUGGUAUCACAGGGUUCAUUUAAGAUUUCCUAUAAUUUAGGCCUAUUUUGCUCAUAUAUUCAUAUAAUGUAUAUACUACAAUGGAUAGGGACCAAAAAAAAAAAAAAAAAGUUUGGGUUUUAGACAUAUUUUUCAUUGAUAAUCUUUUAAGGGUGGCAAGGAAAAACCAUGAAUUCCACAUAUAUCUUCUGUUCUUUUAUUUAUAUUUAGAUUUACUUAAUGGCAUUUAACUUCUUGAUAAA